UACCGUCAAGUAAGCUGUAUAGUUCUAAUGAUUCUUGCUACCUUACUUGCUACGAAUGAAAUUAAGAAAAACCAAAUGCACAACAAAAUGACAGUUGCUACAGUUGACAUGUUUGAAUUUUGGAUUCAAUUUGAAAUAUUUUGAAUGUUUAUAAUUCGUGAAUUAAUGUUACUUUUUGUGCUAGUUUUGGAGAGUAUAUUAUUAUGAUGGAAACAGCAACGGCUAAAAAGCCAAAAACCAUGGCAGAGCUCUUGCCUGGUUUGAGUGGUAUAUUGUCUAAGGAUGCGAUGCAAACACUAACCGCUAAGAAGCAACCACGGCCCACGAUGGCAGCACAAAGUCGUACAGCUGAAAAAGUUCUAAAACCCCUGACCAUCGCGGAAAUGAGGGCUGAUAUUCAAGCCCUAAAAAUUCAGUCCCCAAGAAGAUUUGCUCAAGGAGCUACAUCAAACAAAAAGAAAAAUUGGAACUCGUCAGUCAAAGUAGACAAGAAGGUCAGCCAUACAGCAGAUGGACAGCUAAAGAACAAUCCGGUCAGAAAAGUGCUCAAUUUCCAACCAAAGACCAAGGCAAUAGCUAACUCCAGAGUUACCAUGCUUCCAAUGAAUCCUGAAACUCCAAAGUUUCCCAAGCCUGAAUUCAGAGCCAAAAAAUCUCUACAUCUACAAGCUCGUAAUAUUGUACGAAUCAGUGGGAUCUGUAACAUACCAGAGACACCACUCGUAAACAAGCCACCAAAAAGUCGGAUGACUCUUGCUAAUAAGGAAAACAUGUCCAAUCGGGCCAAUGUCCUCACCAAGAAAACAUUAGCAACUCUGAAGCCAGUCGCCCGUCCGAGGCUGGUGGUUACCACUGUACCUGAUACUCCACUUUCUAACGAGUCUUGGAAGUCAAGCUGUGAUGCCAGCUUCUUGCAGAAAGAGAAAGAAAUAAAUGAUAUUGAAGAAAAAGUAAAAGCUGUUGCUGAAGAACAAACCUUGGAAAACAUUGCUGAAGUGUCACCUCCGGUCUCUACACCAUUCAAGGAAUAUAGAAACGUAAAAGAGUAUUUCAACAAUUCCAGUGAAUUAGAGAACUCUGCUGUGUUCGAUGACAACACUAUUAUGUGCUUCGAUAAACCUACAGAGAAUAAAGAAAACAAUAAGAGGGAAGAAAGUGUUAUUGUCUCCCUCUGUGACCUACUCAACAAGGCCAAAGUAACAAAUAAUGACCAGACUAGCACUGAAUUAGAAGACUUACUUGAAGUAGAGAAACAGACAGAGAACAAUAUUAAAAUGAUAGAAAAUGGUAUACAGACACUGAAAAAUAUUAAAGAUUCUCAGCUGAAAUCCUUGCAGUACGUAAGGAAAUUGAUUAAUGAGAAAAGAAGUGGCAAAAAAGACUCUGAGAGUGAUCAUGACAAGACUUUAGUAAAUGAUGCCAAAGUUACACCUAAAAUUAUUAAGAAAGAGAGACUAAGCCCUGAAAAGAGUCCCAUUCUUGAAAAGCCUUGUUCAGUAAUCAAGUCACCUUUAAAAUCACCGUCAUACAAGAUUCCUAAGAAAAAUGUGUGCCUUAGGAAAAAAGUGUUUUACAAAUCCAUGCCAAAUGUGUCAAAUUCUAUGCAAACACCAAAUAAAGAUCCUGAAAACAGAGCACUGAAUAUGUAUAUGAAAAUGAAGCAACAAAUGAAUUUCUUGAACACACCUGUCGUAAAGCAUAAUAAGCCAUCAUACGUUCCCGAUACACCGGCAGUUACAUCUCAUAAUUUACAAAUGCAACUAGACAAAUUGUAUGGAGGAAGCUAAGAUUAAUUAAGAUAGUUUUAUUAUCAGAAUUUAUUAAAAUUGUAUUAAAUUAAUAUAAUUAAAAUAAUCAUAAUUGUUAAGCUUUAUGCUGAAUCAAUUUGUGCAUAGGGUUGUGCUACAGGUUGGCAUAAUUUUAUUAUUAUAGUUAAUUUUAUUUGUUUACUUUGGACUCCUUAUGAUUUUUAUUAAGUUAUCCACUAACUACUAAUGUACUAACAAUGCCAAUGCAAUGUAUUUCUGACUGUCUAUCUAUAGCCAUAAGAGUUAUAUUAUGUUCUUCCUUUUAUUGUAAAUUAAUAAAAUAACUGUAUAUUAGACAUUGAUACUGUAAAAAAGGAAUAAAGUUUAGAGAUUUGUCAAAAUGCUGUUGAUUGUUUGUCAGUGUCAGAAGUAUGUUACAAUUCCUAAAGUUAGUUAGUGGUGGCGCUAGUAUCGUAAAGUUAACCAAGAAUUAUCAUAAUUUUCUUCUGAGAAAGUGUUCCAUUGAAGUUAUAACUACUGCAAAAGUUAAAUGACCUUUUGGCUGUUAUAAUAAUAAGAUAUUAUCAUUAUUACAGUAAUUAUUAAUUACCAACUUAACUGUUCUUGGGCUAUUAGUUCAUAUUUUGGCCACCACCAAUGUGAAGUUAGUUAAAAGAUAACCUAAUUUAGUAGUAGU